AUGGAUAAUGGUGGGUAUGAUGAGGGGGAGAGGAAGAGGGUGGAUGUUGGGGUGUCAAAUGAGAGUAUAGGAGGAGGGUCUUAUGAAGGAGAGGAGGUUUUCGAGGAGGCUGUUGACCGGGGUGAUGCUGUUGGUGCUACUGUUAGUGUAUUGCCUGCAGAUUUGGUUGAAGAAAUUCAUGAUGAUGAUGCGGAAGAACUUGAUAGUUUUCUAGAGGCAAUCGGGGCUGCUGAUGGGCGUGUCAAAGUGUCGGAGGAUGAAGAAGAAAUUGAAGUGAUUACUGAUCAGGGUGCUAAUGACUUGGUGAAUGGAUACUCUGGUUUGUCGAGUGAGAGGUUUAAAAAUGAGGAUGUUGAAUACGCGACUCCCAGACAAAAUGGUGGUAUGCCUUUUGAAAAUGGGAGCACGGACAAGGUGGAUUAUGAUGUCGAUGGGUUUCAUACAUAUUCUGGAUCCGAUGAAGAGAUGAGAAACCAGGGUGCGGAUGCUGAGGAUUUGAAAGAGGGUGGUUUGGAUACAGAACACAGAGAUGAUAAAAUAAUAGAGGAACAAUGCAGUGAUAUUCAGGAUGAUAAAGUGCAUAUACAUUCAGCUCACGGAGGUUUAGAGCCUCCUGAUAAAAUAUUUAUUGAAAUGGAGGGUGAAACCCUUGGCACUGAUGUAGUCCAUGAGGAUAGAAAUGGCGAAGAAAUUGGAACAUCUGAUUGUCCGAGUAUUGAAUGCAAAGAUUAUAGUAAUGAUGAAGAUAAGGAUGCUAAUGCUGAAACAGAUUCAGGGCAUCAGGAAACAGUUGGUGAAGUCGGAGGAUCUUCUCCGGCCGUGGAGAGAACAGGGAUUGAAACUGCUGGAAGAAGAUCUCAAUCAGAAAAUCCUUUUCUCAAUGAGAUAGUUCCGUCUACUGCAUCUGUAUUUGACGAACAAAGUAUCAAGGAUUACUCGUCUAAGAUUUCUAAUGAAGAAAGCCAAGGAAAUUAUGAAACCUUAUCUUCUGUUGAAGAAUCUAAUAGGAUACCAGAGAAUAAUGCAGAGAACAAGGAAACCAAUCAGAUUGCUGAAGAACAGAAACGUGAGCCUGUUUCCUCAUCUGUUGCUGCUAGCACCCCUCUUGUUCGUCCCGCUGGCCUUGGAUCUGCAGCUCCGUUGUUGGAACCGGCUGCUCGGGUGGUGCAGCAGCCGCGCGUGAACUAUACUGUAUCUGAUACACAACCCCGAAAAACAGAAGACUCCCCAAUUGGGGAGGCUGAUGAGUAUGACGAGACUCGAGAAAAACUUCAAAUGAUUAGGGUUAAGUUUUUGCGGCUAGCUAAUAGGCUUGGGCAGACACCCCACAAUGUUGUUGUAGCACAAGUUCUGUAUAGAUUAGGACUGGCUGAGCAACUCAGAGGGAGGAAUGGGGGCCGUGUUGGCGCUUUUAGCUUUGAUCGUGCAAGUGCAAUGGCCGAGCAGCUUGAAUCAGUUGGUCAAGAACCACUUGAUUUUUCUUGUACAGUAAUGGUUCUUGGAAAGACAGGAGUUGGAAAAAGUGCAACCAUCAAUUCUAUCUUUGACGAAGUUAAAUUUAAUACCAAUGCUUUUCAUACUGGAACAAAAAAGGUUCAGGAUGUUGUAGGAAAAGUACAGGGCAUUAAAGUGCGGGUAAUUGAUACACCAGGACUUCUACCUUCUUGGUCAGACCAGCAAUAUAACGAGAAGAUCCUCCUCUCUGUGAAGCGCUUUAUUAAGAAAACUCCACCUGAUAUUGUGUUGUAUCUUGAUAGGUUAGAUAUGCAGAGCCGAGAUCUUAGUGAUAUGCCACUCUUAAGUACAAUUACCGACGUUUUUGGACCAUCCAUAUGGUUCAAUGCUAUCGUGGGUUUGACUCACGCAGCAUCUGCCCCACCGGAAGGCCCUAAUGGUACUCCUUCCAGUUAUGACAUGUUUGUCACACAGCGCUCUCAUAUUGUGCAGCAAGCCAUUCGACAAGCAGCUGGUGAUAUGCGUCUCAUGAAUCCUAUAUCAUUGGUGGAGAACCACUCUGCAUGCAGAAUUAAUACGGCCGGCCAAAGAGUGUUGCCUAAUGGCCAGGUUUGGAAACCUCAUCUGUUGCUCUUAUCUUUUGCGUCAAAAAUUCUGGCUGAAGCAAAUGCUCUACUUAAGUUACAAGACAGUCAACCUGAAAAACCUUACACAGCUCGUGCAAGAAUGCAACCUUUACCAUUUCUUCUGUCAUCCCUUCUACAGUCAAGACCGCAAUUAAAGUUGCCAGAGGAGCAAUUUAGUGAUGAGGACGAUCUUGAUGAAGCAUUAGAUUCUGGUGAUGAAACAGAUCCUGAUGACUUGCCACCAUUUAAACCUUUGACAAAAGCUCAGCUCAGAAGCCUUUCUAGAGCUCAGAAGAAAGCAUAUCUGGACGAAGUUGAGUACCGAGAAAAACUCUUCAUGAAAAAACAAUUGAAGUAUGAAAAAAUGCAACGGAAGAUGAUGAAGGAAAUGGCCAAAUCAGCGAAAGACCUGCCAGAUGGUUAUGAUGAAAAUUUGAAGGAAGAAAGCGGUGGCGCAGCUUCUGUUCCUGUUCCCAUGCCGGAUAUGUCCUUGCCUGCUUCCUUUGAUUCUGAUACUCCCUUUCACCGGUAUCGUUUUCUUGAUUCAUCCAACCAGUGGCUUAUAAGACCUGUCCUAGAAACUCAUGGAUGGGAUCAUGAUGUGGGUUAUGAAGGCUUAAAUGUAGAAAGACUGUUUGUUCUUAAAAACAAGAUACCCUUCUCUUUUAGUGGUCAGGUUACGAAAGACAAAAAGGAUGCUAGUGUUCAGAUGGAAAUGGCAAGUUCGGUUAAGCACGGAGAAGGGAAAGCAACAUCGUUAGGUUUUGAUAUGCAGACUGUUGGGAAAGACUUGGCUUAUACAUUACGUAGUGAGACAAAAUUUUGUAAUUUUAGGAGAAAUAAGGGAACUGCUGGUCUCUCAUUUACUCUCUUGGGUGAUUCCUUGUCAGCUGGAAUUAAAGUCGAAGAUAAGUUGAUUGCUAAUAAGCGAUUCCAGAUGGUUAUUGCUGGUGGUGCAAUGACUGGGCGUGAUGAUGUUGCUUAUGGUGGCAGUUUGGAGGCCCAGUUGAGAGAUAAGAACCAUCCUCUAGGACGCUCAUUAUCAACACUUGGGCUCUCCGUCAUGGACUGGCAUGGAGAUCUGGCUGUUGGGUGCAAUUUACAAUCACAGAUUCCCAUUGGACGGUAUACAAACCUUGUUGCACGAGGCAAUUUGAACAAUCGUGGGACUGGACAAAUAAGCAUCCGAUUAAACAGUUCAGAACAACUUCAAAUUGCUUUGAUUGGCCUUAUUCCCUUACUUGAAAGGGUUGUUUGUUAUUGUCAACAAUGGCAGUUUGGACAAUGA